AUGAUUGAAAUAACGACAUUUAAAAACUAUCCACUUCGCUUCAAUAAUCCAGCUCGAUUAAUCAAAGAACAAAAAGCAUCCGAUGUGUUUUAUGUUCAGAAAGGAGAUAUUAUGUGGUUAGCUUGCUUUUUUUUUCAAAAACUUGUAUUUAUAUUUUUAAAAUUUAGGAGAUUCCGAUUGAUUAAUAUCAAAGGAGUGCUUUACUUCAAAAUAUUGAUUCAAAUUGGAGAUGAAAAAGCUUGGGCUUCACAAAUAAAAGGCGAAAUAAAAUGGAAAGACAAAACUUUGAAGUUGACAAAAGCAGAUAUUUAUACGAACCUUGAACCUGGUUAUCAAGUAAGAGGUCAGAUUCCUGAAGUUCUCCCAAUUUGGGCAAAGCAAGAAACUGAAUUGAUCUUGUUUUUGAAUCUCGAAACAGUCUGCUGGACGUAUUAUAAGAAAAAGAAUUAUAUGUCUGAAAUGAAAAUUCGUGGUGUCAGCUUCUUUUACGAUCCAGAGGUAUUUCAAAAAUAUUUAUCAAAACUUUUACGAUUUUCUUUAGGAUUAUGAAGAGAUUGGAAAAACGAUUGCAAGAUAUCCACUUGGACCAAAUGAAGUUUAUUCCACUGAUGAAAUCGAAGUUUUAGAUGUCGUUAUGUAUCUUUCAUGUUGUUUACCAGAACAUAAUGCCCAUAUGAAUUGUAAGAGAGAAUUAGAUGAUAAAUUCUAUAACAACCUUAUUUUCCAGCUGUGAAUUUAAAAGGCAUUCUUAGCGUUGCGUGCCAUUUUGAAGAACCUCUUCUCAUCGAAUGUUGCGUGAAUAUUAUAAAAGAAGGGACGAUGAUGAGUUGGCAAGAUCAAGUUGAAUUGGCUAGUGAUUUAUCUUUGGAAGAAUUGCUUGUACGUUUUUUGCAGAUUAUCUUGUUUUCGAAGUUAUAUUGUUUUCAGAGACAUUGCUGUUUUAACUUUAACAACUUUAAAAGUUUGGUUAUUUAUUUGAACAGAGAUGAUAUUGGUAUAUCACAAUGGGCACGAGAAAUAAUGAUGGAUGAAGGAAAAACUAUUUUUGCAGAAAAUAUUCCGAUUCCAGAUGAUGACAUGAUGAUGAGCUAA